CCCCCGCCGGCCUGCAGGCUCGGCCGUCUGUGGGGCCUCGGUGGCGCGGGGUCGGGGUGCGCGGGGCCUGGGGGCUCGAGGCCUGCAGAAUUGGGGCCUCUGGGGGUGCAGGCUCUGGGCCUGGGGGGGCUGCAGGGCGCCCGCGUGACCUUGGGGUGGGCUGGGGAGCGGCCGUCGCCACGCGGGGCGACCCCAGCCUCCGGGAACUGGAGCGGGAGGCAGGUUUCCUCCGGCUCGGCCCACUUGGGGCUUCCCACUAGUACUGUGCAUUUAUUACUUUCGUCGCCCACGCAGCCCUUCAUUCGGUUCUCACGUCUGGAACCGCCACCGGCCUCUGGCAGAAGGUCGCGUUCCAGCGUGGGGCACAGGUCCUGGACGCGCCGACCCAGGGGGCGGCUUUGUUGGCUGCGGUGUCUGGUUGAGUAUCAUCUGCAUUUUAUGGAUGAGGAAGAAACUGAUGCUCAAAGAGAUGCAGUUUCUCCCAGGCCACUCUCUGAUACUCAUGAGGACCAUGAUACUUCCACUGAGAAUGCAGACGAGUCCAACCAUGAUCCUCAGUUUGAGCCAAUAGUUUCUCUUCCUGAGCAAGAAAUUAAAACGUUGGAAGAAGAUGAAGAGGAACUUUUUAAAAUGCGGGCGAAACUGUUCCGGUUUGCUUCAGAGAAUGACCUCCCAGAAUGGAAGGAGCGAGGCACCGGCGAUGUCAAGCUCCUGAAGCACAAGGAGAAGGGGACCAUCCGCCUCCUCAUGCGGCGGGACAAGACCCUGAAGAUCUGUGCCAACCACUAUAUCACGCCGAUGAUGGAGCUGAAGCCCAAUGCGGGUAGCGACCGUGCCUGGGUCUGGAACACCCAUGCUGACUUCGCCGACGAGUGCCCCAAGCCAGAGUUGCUGGCCAUCCGCUUCCUGAAUGCUGAGAAUGCACAGAAAUUCAAAACGAAGUUUGAAGAAUGCAGGAAAGAGAUCGAAGAGAGAGAAAAGAAAGCAGGAUCUGGCAAAAAUGACCAUGCUGACAAAGUGGCGGAAAAGCUGGAAACUCUCUCAGUGAAGGAGACCAAGGAGGAUGCGGAGGAGAAGCAAUAAAUCGUCUUAUUUUAUUUCCUUUUCCGCUUUCCUUUUUUUUAAAAGAAUUUUACCCUGCCCCUCUUUCGGUUUGUUUUUAUUCUGUUUCGUUUUUACAAGGGACGUUAUAUAAAGAACUGAAUUUAACAUUCAGGUUGUUUUUUUUCUAAGUUUUUGCCCGGUUGAAGGUGACUUCAGAAAAUCCAUUCCCCAGUCAUGAAAAUGUACUGUGCUAACUUUCUUUUCCAUAGUGGAAACACUUAUUUAUAGUCACCAAAAAUAGUGAAUAAAAAACACGUUUGGAACCUGGA